GGCGCGCAGACGGGGGCGCUGUGGCCUCGGAUUGAAGAAGGCGCCGCCGGACCCGCCUCUUUCCCCGCCCGCCCGUGUCGCAGGGAAGCCCGGCGGAGCAGGCUCGGCCACAUCGCGGCCGCGCGGGCACAGUCGCCCAGCAGAGUGCGGACCUCGCGCCGCCUUUGUCCGCCGGUGGCAGCUGGUCUCGUGGCCGCCGCCCGCGAUGGCUCCGCAGCAAGGCCGGCCCUCGUUGCCCGCCCGUUGCGAGCCGGCGGCGGCACCGCCCGUACCGCCUCGCCGAGAGCGCGGGGGGCGCGGGGCGCGCGGGCCCGGGGUGCCCGGGGUCCGGGGACGCGCGGGCGGCGCCGAGGGGCGCGGCGUCAAGUGCGUGCUGGUCGGCGACGGCGCGGUGGGCAAGACCAGCCUGGUGGUCAGCUACACCACCAACGGCUACCCCACCGAGUACAUCCCCACGGCCUUCGAUAACUUCUCGGCUGUGGUGUCAGUAGAUGGGCGACCCGUGAGACUCCAACUCUGUGACACUGCAGGACAGGAUGAGUUUGACAAGCUGAGGCCCCUCUGCUACACCAAUGCAGACAUCUUCCUGCUGUGCUUCAGUGUGGUGAGCCCCACAUCCUUCCAGAAUGUCAGUGAGAAGUGGGUACCGGAGAUUCGGUGUCACUGCCCUAAGACCCCCAUCAUCCUGGUUGGGACACAGUCGGACCUUAGAGAAGAUGUCAAAGUGCUCAUCGAACUGGACAAAUGCAAAGAGAAGCCCGUCCCUGAGGAGGCAGCAAAGCUAUGUGCUGAGGAAAUCAAAGCUGUCUCCUAUAUUGAAUGCUCAGCCUUGACUCAAAAGAACCUCAAAGAGGUGUUUGACGCUGCCAUUGUUGCUGGCAUCCAGCACUCAGACUCCCAGCAACAGCCAAAGAAGUCUAAAAGCAGGACCCCAGAUAAGGGAGCAACUCAUGUUGGGAUCAGAGAGUGCUCUUUGCUUUCAGGACUGGUUUGUAUGCUGAGCCAUCUGUGUCCUGGUGAUGAAAGCAAGAGGAAGUUCUUGUCUAGGGGCUUUAGGCUGUCACACUCACAUUGUUUGUAAGAACGAGGCACCUUCUUUGAGAGAAGCCAUAGUCGAUUGUGGGACCUUAAGUCUGUUGAAAUGUCCAUCUGUGUACACACACGUGUGUGUGCACACAUACACACAGAUGAGUGGUUUUCUGAUGGAACUUUGAGACUCAUAGAAGCAUGGUUGCAGAUAUUAGUGGGGCAUGCCUUCCUUUCCUUGAAAUUUGUCUGAACAGACAUCAUUUUGUAGAAUCUUAUCUUCAUUUACACAUUUUUUGAGACCAUCUUAAAAUGUGGGAUGAACAUACUUUUGAUGUGCCUUCAGGGCCCUGUGACUAGGAAGGCAUUGUACUGGGGGAGGUAUGUGCACCUUCUUGGUGGCGGCCAUCCAGAAAGUCAUGUUUGUGGCACUUGUCCUUUAAGGUGAGGGUCUUCUGGCUGACUGUUGUAAGACAGCCCAGUGUUGGGAGAGCUGUUUUAUGGUGUUGUAGGUACUUCCAAGAUGCCACAGAAGACAAUGAAUCACAGCUUCUGGUUUACUGUGAGCAAAGUGGCCACCUGGUAACAAAAUUUUCUAUAUGAAUUUUUUUAUAUUAAAAAAAAUAAUCAACCUUAUGUUUUUCUAUAGAAAAAAAAAAACAUCAGGACGUAUAUCAGGUCAAAGACUUCUUCCUGCUGGUAAAUAGGACCCAAGCCUGCCUUUAUUAAAGUUAAAAGGCUAAUUGCUGAACCACUAAAAUACACGAACUGUUUGUGACUGAGCCUUCAGCAUGGUGCCAGUGAGGUCAGCCGCUUUUUCCUGAGGUGUUUCAUUGUGGCCUGAGUGGUAACAUUGCUUAACUUACGGAAAUGCUUGUAACUGACCUAGUGACUGAGCUUACUACCCUAAUGUGCUUGGCUGUCUGGAGAGCCCGCCUCCAAGUGGGGGUUCUGACUGCCCUGUGUACAGAGGGUGGGUGGGGAAGAGUGAGUUAUUUAAUUAUAAAUGUUAUAAUAAAAGUAAAUGUAGUGGAGACCAAGGGAAUGAGCAUUUAGAACACAAACUUGACGUUUUGUGCUAGAACUAUUGAGCCUCUGGGCUACUGGGAAGUGGCAUGAAGGAUGCUGUGUGACCAAGUCUGGACACUUUCUUCUAGGAUGGAUACCCCUGGACUGUUUACGCCACAAAUGUAGUUGCCACUGACCUGCAAGUUUUCAAUAUGUUACUACAUUCGAUGGAGUCAUAAGGUCUGACUGUACUUGAGGUUUUCCUGCAUUUUUACUUUUUGAAAAUAGAUAUUUGGGCUGAGAAAUUUUAAAAGUAUGUGCCUGGGUGAAAUGUAAAGUUGGUUUUCUUUGAAGCUGAAAAGUGGCAAAUGUACAGCUUGGUGCCUCUGGAGGAUUCUGUGAGCUGUGUAUGUAGCCAUGCCUCUUCAGCUUGACUCUCAGUGUAAGCCAACUCACCUGAAAAACACACUGUCGUAGGCUCCAAAACUGUCACCUCAUCAUGUGUGCAAGCAAAGUUUUGAUAACUUUAUUUUCUGCUCAACAGACAUGUGAGCAGUUACCCAGAAGUCUCAAGCCAAAAGGGGAGCCUCAUCGCUCUGCAGGUGCCUUACCAACUUGUGCUUUUCUGUUUUCAUGUGUUGAAGAUGUUGGACAGAAUCUUGUACUUGAAAUUGCUAUAAAUGAGUUGCUAUGAAAUAAACUCUGACCUGUGGACAUA